CCUUAUCCACAUCUCCUGUGUACUAGGAACACCUCCACUGGUGAUCAGCCUUUGCCUGUGUUUGUCUUGUGGAGAAGCAGCAGCACCUUUUCAGGAGUGGGUUUUUUAUUCAACAAGAAGUCCUGAAGGUUUUGGAUGCGGUGCUUCGGGGAUGUGGGCACUUUGAGAGCAGCAUCACCCACAAACACAAACAACUGCCAUCGAUUUUUCUGUGAAUAGCACAAAAAAAAAAAAAAAAGAAAAAGGAAAAAAGAAAGAGGAACAAUAGCAACACAAAAAAAAAAAAAAUCUGAACAAUUCACUUUUCCAGUCUGUGGAUACCGCUUUAACUAAGUACAGCACUUUGAGAAUUGUUCACAUCGGACGGACUGAAGAGGGAGGCAAGACCUGUGGACCGGGUUUUCCCUCGCAAGUCUGAAUCGGCUCUCGCUACUUAUCCCGUGAACAAAAAAACAAACAACCAACAACCCUAAAGGAUAACGCGCUUGGACGUCUAUUCCCCUAAUUUCGCAGGAGGCUCUUUUUCACGCAAAUUGUCCCAAAUGUUUGGAAUUCAGGAAACUAUACCGCGAGGCGGGACGACGAUGAAGGAGGAACCGCUCGGUGGACUGAACUCGGUCCGCUCCUGGAUGCACACAGCUGGGGUGGUGGAUGCAAACACAGCCGCCCAAAGCGGUGUCGGCUUGGCACGGGCACAUUAUGAAAAGCAGCCCCCUUCCAACCUCAGAAAAUCCAAUUUUUUCCAUUUCGUGCUGGCGCUGUAUGACAGACAGGGUCAGCCCGUGGAGAUCGAAAGGACAGCUUUUGUGGACUUUGUGGAGAAAGACAAAGAACCAACCAGUGAAAAAACUAACAAUGGGAUACAUUACAAACUACAGUUAUUGUACAGCAAUGGCGUCCGAACAGAACAGGAUCUUUACAUUCGGCUAAUCGAUUCCAUGACGAAGCAGGCCAUAAUUUAUGAGGGUCAAGACAAGAAUCCAGAAAUGUGCAGAGUUCUUCUUACCCAUGAAAUUAUGUGCAGCCGAUGCUGUGACAAGAAAAGCUGUGGAAACAGGAACGAGACCCCAUCAGACCCUGUGAUCAUUGACAGAUUCUUCCUCAAGUUCUUCCUCAAGUGCAAUCAGAACUGUCUGAAGAAUGCAGGGAAUCCCCGAGACAUGCGCAGAUUCCAGGUUGUCGUAUCGACGACCGUCAAUGUGGACGGCCAUGUCCUGGCUGUUUCUGACAACAUGUUCGUACACAACAAUUCCAAGCAUGGGCGAAGGGCCCGCAGACUCGACCCUUCAGAAGCAGCCACCCCGUGCAUCAAGGCUAUCAGCCCAAGUGAGGGAUGGACCACUGGAGGAGCCACUGUCAUCAUCAUAGGGGACAACUUCUUUGACGGCCUACAAGUCGUGUUCGGCACCAUGCUCGUAUGGAGUGAGCUGAUAACUCCACACGCCAUCCGUGUCCAGACUCCACCUCGGCACAUCCCCGGAGUUGUGGAAGUCACGCUGUCCUACAAGUCAAAGCAGUUCUGCAAAGGUGCCCCUGGGAGAUUCGUCUAUACUGCCCUAAAUGAGCCGACCAUCGACUAUGGUUUCCAGAGGCUGCAGAAGGUCAUCCCCAGACACCCCGGCGAUCCCGAGAGGUUACCAAAGGAGGUGCUACUGAAGAGGGCGGCUGAUCUCGUUGAAGCCCUGUAUGGAAUGCCCCACAACAAUCAGGAGAUCAUUCUGAAGAGGGCAGCUGACAUCGCCGAGGCCCUGUACAGCGUUCCCCGCAACCACAACCAGAUCCCCUCUCUCGCUAACACAGCCUCCCACGGCAUGAUGGGAGUCAACUCCUUCAGCAGCCAGCUAGCAGUCAAUGUGUCUGAGUCACAAGGGAAUGACCAAGUGGGCUACAGCCGGAACACCAGCAGUGUGUCCCCCCGGGGCUACAUCUCCAGCAGCACCCCGCAGCAGUCGGGCUACAACUCCGUCAGCAACAGCAUGAAUGGCUACGGCAACGCCGGUAUGAACCUGGGAGUGCCAAGCUCCCCUGGGUUCCUCAACGGAUCCUCUGCCAACUCCCCAUAUGGAAUUAAACAAAAGAGCGCCUUCGCCCCUGUGGUCCGACCCCAGGCCUCCCCACCCCCCUCCUGCACCAGCGCCAACGGCAACGGACUGCAAGGUGAGCCCCCCUCACCCCCUCAUCCCUUCCCCACGGACUACUGGUCAGAUACCGCUGCUCAGGCCUCUGUCCGGUUUGCCAUGUCCGGCCUGGUUGUCCCUCCAAUGUAAAUGCACUUUCAUCAUCUCAAGCACCAGUCUACACAUUACCACUUCACAGGAGCACACAGCAAAAACGCUGGUGUAAUGUAUAG